AUGAAGCUGAUUCGGUGGGUCGAGGUCCAUAUUGGUCGAUCUCGGAGGAAGACCAAGAAAGAGAAAGAUGGCCUUACCAUCAACUGCGGGGCAGAUAUCCCUCGACGCCGGGACGAAAGCACCCCAAGCACACCCCUGCACAAAAUCGAGCCCUUGGGAAAAGACCUGCCCCACUCUGCCGGAAGCACCCCACAUCGCAUCAAGCACCCGCCCUCGCCACAUCCGCUGCUCCGCGCCCCGGACGCUCUAGCCGGUAGCCGGUUACACAUCCGGACCAGCUUCCUGGAUCCCGGACUCCCACCGCUGAGCAGCCCACAGCCGGCUAGCUACGGGUCCUCGACGGCUCUGGAUUCCGGAUCCCCGCGUGUGCGAUGCCGGAUCCGGACGAAUCCUUGGCUGCCUUCGCCGAAGACCUCGUCCGGCGUGGAAUGUGGAUGGGUAGGAGGAAUUCGAUCUUCUUCCAUCGGGUCGGAAAGCUCAGAAUCCAUCGCUGGCAGUGGAUUCGGCAGCCAAUCCAGUGGAAGUUUAUGGGAAGGUUACUCCGGAGAGCCUUGGACUGGUCUACGCCUGAAUGGCAGAAGUCCGUCAUCGAAACGACUGCCCCGAGUCACUCUCGAACGUGCCGUGCACAGACAACGGCCAGUGGUCGAGCCCGAUCGUCUGUCCUACAGUGGCGGUGACGACGAGGACAAGCCUUACUGCCCAGUGACUUAUUGCCGUCCCAUUCCCAGAAGCGCCUGGAUGGACUUCAGGGAGCUGACAACUAACCUCGUGGAAACAACUACUCAAGAUGAUGGUGAAAGCAGCGACGAGGCCUAUUCCGAAGACUAUGUCCAUUCCGAAGAACAAGAUGAGUUACCACUUGAAGUGAUGCGCUCCUCGAAAGGCCCGCCCCCCGACACUGGAAGCCCCCAGGCCGACAGUGCUUGCGGGAGCGAUCGCGACAACAGCAGCUGCAGCACAACCCCCCUGUCCGAGACCCCAGCUAGCUCAGCUCACCCCCGCAAGUCGCUCGCAGAGUCCAAAGAGCUGUUGCAGGACAAAGUCCAGAGGCUGCGCCUGGAGCGGCACUUGGUGGACCAGAGGAUGCAGGAGGCCCGCGCAGAAGAGAUCCUCAGAAGGGAGGAGCAGCUGAUUCUUCAGAGGGAGUUGGUGCAAUUCCGGAGGCUGCUGCUGAUCCAGACCCUUUCGGAGUUGAGAAGUCAGCUGGAGAGGCAGGGAAAGAGGUUGCACAGAACUUACGCCAGCGGCAAGGAAGGUGAAGAGGAUGCUCAUCUUAGUCCGGAAGAUGAGGCAUGGCUUCAGGAUCAUACUGAGCUUGUUGGAUAA